UAGAGUCGGAUGGUGAUGCUGACACUGCUCCCAUACUUCGUAGUCUGAGAUAAACAGAGGGAGGGGUCUGUUCUCACUCUAGAAAAAAAUGCUUAUCACUUCCACAGAAUGUUUUGACUGUGAAGAAAGAGACUGUGAUGAAGUCUCAGGGAGAAGGGCAGUUCUGGAGAGGAUAGUCAGUUAGGGACAGUGAGAGGGAGAGUGAGCUUUUUGUGAGGACUGGGAACAAGGAAGGAAAGUAGGGGAGAGGGGAAACUUCACGGUAAGCUGGGAUUUUUGUUGUUGUUUGGUUUGGCUUUUCGUUUGUGUGUUUUGUUUCAGAAAGUGGCAGCAGGUGGCCUGAUUGGAUCUGGUCUAGGGCCAGGGAGUCUCAGUGAACAUGUUCCCAUCAAAAUUCACUCUGUCUGUCUAAUCUGGGCCGCUGUGACUGAGGACUGCACCGGUAGUAGCUGAUGGCCUAGCCAGGCAGCAAGUGGGCGGGAAUUCCCCCCAUGGGAGAAGAGUUGCUGCAGCUCCUUCGCUGCUUUGGAGGAGGGCAGAAGGCGGGGUAAGUUUGGUGGGAAACGCUGUAACUUCCUUUUUACAAGGCACUAGAGCAGAAUCCAGAAUGGAUGUCCUCUUUGUAGCCAUUCUUGCUGUGCCACUCAUCCUGGGACAAGAAUAUGAGGAUGGAGAAGAACUGGAGGAGGAUGACUAUUAUCAGGUGAUCUAUUAUUACACAAUCACCCCCAACUAUGAUGACUUUGGUGUGAACUUCACUGUUGAUUACUCUAUGUUCGAGUCAGAGAACACAGUGAACAGGUUGGAUGAUAAGGUGGAAGCAUCAGAGACUACCAUUAGUUAUGAAACAGACCGCGCUGACCAUCAGAAGCCUGUAACAGAGAAACCAGUGACAAUGGAACCACAGAGUCCAGAUCUGAAUGACGCUGUAUCCGGUCUGCAGAGUCCUGGUCCACUCCUUCUGUCCUGGGCCCUCGUUCAGGGGAUGAUGUAUUUCCUGUAAAAGGAGAAGGAAGACUCAUUGAUGGGGAUUUGGGAAGAAGAGAGUGGAAGAUUAAAUAAAUAAAUGAAGUAAUCUGG